GAGCUGAAACAAAAAACAAAAACUAAUAUUUAUUAGAAAUUAAUUUUAGAAAAGGAAAAAUUAAAAAUGGAAACAAAUACAACAUCCUUGCUGCCAUAUGUGUUGGAUCUGCUCAGUCGAAAGCCAGAUUUAAGCUCAACUCCCGAAGAGCUGUGCGAGCAUAUGAAGGAUGCGGUCAUCGAGGAUGUGAUCAGUCCAUUUGGAUCUUUGCAACGUGCCGUGGAAUUUGCCAUUGAACUGGGCAUGAAUAUUGGACUCCUCUCUCUGACUGAGGAGAAGGUCCUAUUGCCAUUCAAACUAAAGCCAAAAACAUCGAAUAUCAAGAAUAAACCACUGCCGCCGACACAGUGUCGCAGUUUGAUCAAUCGUCUGGCCAAAACGAUGAGGACAAAUCAAGCAGAAACCAGCAAGAACAAAGGACUUGCUUCGGUUAUUGCCAAGUCGAAUGCUAGGAAAGCUACUGAUCGCUUAGGCACCACAAGAGGCCCCCUGGCGGCCAGAGGCAGCAAGAAACGAGGUACAACUAUGAAGACUCGUAGUCGUAAACAAUAAAAUUAUGUUGUUUUAACAAUUUUUGGGCUCAAGUGUUAUUAAACUAGGUCAAAAUGGCGAUGCACA